CCCCUUAACUUUUCCAGUCUGGUCCUGGGCUCUGCGCCGUCCCUGGCUCUCCUUCCCUCUCUUCCUUCUCGGACAGACCUUGGACAGGAAUAUCUGCGUACAGUGGUACGUCGUGGCUGUCCACACAUCCCGACUCGUGUGAGAGCUCCCAGGGAAGAGGCCUCGACGAUGGGGGAUGUGAAGCUGGCUGCCUCGACACACGUUUCUGAAAGCUCCCUCGGUGUGGAUCACUCGCGAGCCGGCCCCAUGCCCCUGACCGAGGCUCCUGCUUUCAUUUCGCCCCCUCGGAACCUCUGCAUCAGAGAAGGAGCCACUGCCAAGUUUGAAGGGAGGGUCUGCGGUUACCCAGAGCCCCGCGUGGCCUGGCACAGAGGUGGGCAGCCCAUCGCCAGUGGGGGCCGCUUCCUGCUGGACCGUGGCAUCCGAGGGAGUUUCAGCCUUGUGAUUCAUGCUGUCCGUGAGGAGGACUCGGGGAAGUAUACCUGCGAAGCUACCAAUGGUAGUGGUGCCCGGCAGGUGACAGUGGAGUUGACGGUGGAAGGGGGCUUUGUGAAGAAGUAUGGUCAGCUUGCCUCCAAAACUAUAGGGGACAGAUUCAUAUCCCCUGCAGUGGAGACCUGUCCUAGCAUCUGGGGAGAGUGCCCGCCAAAGUUUGCUACCAAGCUGGGCCGCGCAGUGGUCAGAGAAGGACAGAUGGGACGAUUCUCCUGCAAGAUCACUGGCAGACCCCAACCACAGGUCACCUGGCUCAAGGGGGACGUUCCCCUGCAGCCAAGUGCCCGUGUGUCUAUGUGUGAGAAGAACGGGAUGCAAGUUCUGGAAAUCCACAAGGUCAGCCAAGACGACGUGGGCGUGUACACAUGCCUGGUGGCGAACGGGUCAGGGAAGGCCUCCAUGUCGGCCGAGCUUUCCAUCCAAGGUUUGGACAACACCAGUAGGUCAUUUUUGAGGGGAAUGAAGGCAGCCAAUUCAGAUAUCAGGAAGGAAGUGACCAAUGGAAUCGCACAGGGGCCGAAACUGGACAGCGUAGAAACCACAGCUGACAGUAGAAGCUGCUGCAGCACCCAGAGAGGUGGCUCCCCGACCUGGGCCACAAGUAGCCAGCCUCAGCCUCCGAGGGAAUCCAAGCCGGAGCCGUCUGGGGACUCACCCAGAAAGACCCUGAGGACCCCCAUCCUGCAGAAGACUUCCAGCACCAUCACCCUGCAGGCCACCAAAGUCCAGCCGGAACACAGAGUCCCCGUCUCCGGCUCCCUGCUUCCUUCCAGAGAAGAGCGCGAGCGGCUGGCUGCUCCGCCUCCAGCCGCCCUCCCCACCAGACCGUCUGGCCUGGGAACCCAAGAAGUUGUGAGCAAGGUUGCUACUAGGAAAAUCCCCAUGGAGAGCCGGAGGGACUCGACAUUCCCCAAAUUCGAGAGCAAACCCCAAAGCCGGGAAGUCUGUGAAGAUCAAACAGUCCAGUUCAGAUGUGAGGUUUCAGGGAUUCCGAAGCCACAAGUGACCUGGUUCCUGGAGGGUGCCCCUGUGAGGGGACGAGAAGGCACCGUGGAGAUUUACGAAGAUGGUGGGUCCCAUUACCUCUGCUUGCUGAAAGCCCGGGCAAGGGACAGUGGGAACUACAGCUGCACAGCCUCCAAUGUCCGAGGCCAGGUGUCCUGUGACUGGACGCUCCUCGUGAAGAAACUGGCCGCGAUGGAGGUGGCCCCCUCCUUGUCCAGUGUCCUGAAGGACUGCACCGUCAUUGAGGGCCAGGACUUUGUGCUGCAGUGCUCGGUGCAGGGGACCCCAGUGCCCCAAAUCACUUGGCUGCUAAAUGGGCAGCCCAUCCAGUAUGCUCGCUCCACCUGCGAGGCCGGCGUGGCUACGCUGCACAUCCAGGACGCGCUGCCGGAGGACGACGGCACCUACACCUGUCUGGCUGAGAACCCUCUGGGGCAGGUGUCCUGCAGCGCCCAGGUCACUGUCCAUGAGAAGAAGAGCGACAAGGAGCGCGACUUCCUCCUGCCCCCAGCCGCCAGCAAGCCCGUCGCACCCCGUUUCCUGCAGGGCCUCUCGGACCUCAGAGUCAUGGACGGCAGCCAGGUCACCAUGACAGUGCAGGUGUCAGGGAACCCGCCCCCUGAGGUCAUCUGGCUCCACAAUGGGAACGAGAUCCAGGAGUCGGAGGACUUCCACUUUGAACGCAGAGGCGCCCGGCACAGCCUCUGUAUCCAGGAGGUGUUCCCGGAGGACACGGGCACCUACACCUGUGAGGCCUGGAACAGCGCCGGGGAGGUGCGCACCCAGGCCGUGCUCACGGUGCAAGAGCCUCAGGAUGGCACCCAGCCCUGGUUCAUCAGCAAGCCUCGAUCGGUGACAGCCUCCCUGGGCCAGAGCGUCCUCAUCUCCUGUGCCAUAGCUGGUGACCCCUUCCCCACCGUGCACUGGCUCCGAGACGGCAAAGCCCUCUCCAAAGACACUGGCCACUUCGAGGUGCUGCAGAAUGAGGACGUGUUCACCCUGGUCCUGAAGAACGUGCAGCCCUGGCACGCUGGCCAGUAUGAAAUCCUGCUUCAGAACCAGGUUGGCGAAUGCAGUUGCCAGGUGUCACUGAUGCUCCAGAGCAACCCUAGCCGAGCCCCGGCACGGGGGAGGGCGCCUGCCAGCUGUGAGGGCCUCUGUGGCCGAGGAGCUGGUGCCGACGGUGGCGAUGGUGACUGCUUCGGGACCCUGAGGCCUGGCUGGCCAGCAGGAGGGCAGGGUUGGCCAGAGGAGGAAGACGGCGAAGGCGUGCGGGGGCUGCUGAAGAGGCGUGUGGAGACCCGGCAGCACACGGAGGAGGCCAUCCGCCAGCAGGAGGUGGAGCAGCUGGACUUCCGUGACCUCCUGGGGAAGAAGGUGAGUACCAAGACCCUGUCGGAAGAAGAACUGAAGGAGAUUCCAGCUGAGCAGAUGGAUUUCCGUGCCAACCUACAGCGGCAAGUGAAGCCAAAGAUGGUGUCUGAGGAAGAGAGGAAGGUUCACAGCCCCCAGCAGGUAGACUUCCGCUCUGUCUUGGCCAAGAAGGGGACUCCCAAGACCCCAGUGCCUGAGAAGGUACUACCUGCAAAACCUGCCACCCCAGAUUUUCGCUCAGUGCUGGGCAGCAAGAAAAAAUUACCAGCAGAGAAUGGUAGCAACAGUGCUGAGGCCUUGAAUGCCAAGGUGGCAGAAAGUCCCAAGUCCACGGGCAAUGCCCAACCUUCAGGGUCCCUGAAACCUGUGGGCAACGCCAAGCCUGGUGAGCCCCCAAAACCCUUGGGCAAUGCUAAACCAGCCGAUACCCUGAAAUCUGUGAGCAAUACCAAACCAGCCGAGACUCCAAAACCUGUGGGCCACACCAAACUGGCUGAGCCCCCGAAACCUGUGGUCAACGCCAAGCCUGCUGAGACCCCAAAACCUAUGGGAAAUAACAAGCUAGCCGAGCCCCCAAAACCUGUGGGAAAUGCCAAGCCAGCUGAGACCCCCAAACCUGUGGGCAAUGCCACGCCAGUCGAGACCCUGAAACCAGCCAGGAAAGAAGAACUGAAGGAGGUUAAGAAUGAUGUAAACUGCAAGCAGGAGUAUUCAGGAGCCACAGAUCAUGAAAAAAGAUCAGAAAGCCAAGGGACAGCCCCAGCCUUCAAGGAGAAACUACAAGAUGUCCGUGUGGCAGAGGGCGAGAAGCUACUACUCCAGUGCCAGGUGUCCUCUGAUGCCCCAGCCACCAUCACCUGGACGCUGAAUGGAAAGACUCUCAAGACCACCAAGUUCAUCAUCCUCUCCCAAGAAGGCUCCCUGUGUUCCGUCUCCAUCGAGAAGGCACUGCCAGAGGACAGAGGCUUGUACAAGUGUGUAGCCAAGAAUGAUGCCGGCCAGGCUGAGUGCUCCUGCCAAGUCACUGUGGACGAUGCUCCUGCCAGUGAGAAUGCCAAGGCCCCCGAGAUGAAAGCCCGGAGGCCCAAGAGCUCUCUUCCUCCUGUGCUGGGAACAGAGAGUGACGCAACUGUGAAAAAGAAACCUACCCCCAAGACACCUCCGAAAGCAGCCAUGCCCCCUCAGAUCGUUCAGUUUCCCGAGGACCGAAAGGUGCGUGCCGGGGAGUCCGUGGAGCUGCUUGGGAAAGUGACAGGCACCCAGCCUAUCACCUGCACCUGGAUGAAGUUCCGAAAGCAGAUCCAGGAAAGCGAGCACAUCAAGGUGGAGAACAGUGAGGGCGGCAGCAAGCUCACCAUCCUGGCCGCGCGCCAGGAGCACUGCGGCUGCUACACUCUGCUGGUGGAGAACAAGCUGGGCAGCAGGCAGGCCCAGGUCAACCUGACGGUGGUCGAUAAGCCAGACCCCCCGGCCGGCACGCCUUGUGCCUCUGACAUCCGGAGCUCCUCGUUGACCCUGUCCUGGUACGGCUCCUCCUACGAUGGGGGCAGUGCCGUGCAGUCCUACAGCGUGGAGAUCUGGGACUCCGUGGACAAGACCUGGAAGGAACUCGCCACGUGCCGCAGCACCUCAUUUAACGUCCAGGACCUGCUGCCUGACCGAGACUAUAAGUUCCGCGUGCGCGCCAUCAACGUGUACGGAACCAGCGAGCCAAGCCAGGAGUCUGAGCUCACGGCCGUGGGCGAGAAACCCGAGGAGCCGAAGGACGAAGUGGAGGUGUCAGAUGAUGAUGAGAAGGAGCCCGAAGUCGAAUACCGGACGGUGACAGUCAGUACCGACCGAAAGGUGUCUGACGUCUACGACGUCGAAGAGAGACUAGGAUCCGGGAAAUUUGGACAGGUCUUUCGGCUUGUAGAAAAGAAAACUGGAAAAAUCUGGGCAGGGAAAUUCUUCAAGGCAUAUUCGGCAAAAGAGAAAGAGAAUAUCCGUGAGGAGAUCAGCAUCAUGAACUGCCUCCAUCACCGCAAGCUGGUCCAGUGUGUGGAUGCGUUUGAAGACAAGGCCAACAUCGUCAUGGUCCUGGAGAUCGUGUCGGGGGGUGAGCUGUUCGAGCGCAUCAUCGAUGAGGACUUUGAGCUGACGGAGCGCGAGUGCAUCAAGUACAUGAGGCAGAUCUCGGAGGGGGUGGAGUACAUCCACAAGCAGGGCAUCGUGCACCUGGACCUCAAGCCCGAGAACAUCAUGUGUGUCAACAAGACAGGCACCAGGAUCAAGCUCAUUGACUUCGGUCUGGCCAGAAGGCUGGAGAACGCAGGGUCUCUGAAGGUCCUCUUCGGCACCCCGGAGUUUGUGGCACCUGAAGUGAUCAACUAUGAGCCCAUUGGCUAUGCAACAGACAUGUGGAGCAUCGGGGUCAUCUGCUACAUCUUGGUCAGUGGACUUUCCCCCUUCAUGGGCGACAAUGACAAUGAAACCUUAGCCAACGUUACCUCUGCCACCUGGGACUUCGAUGACGAAGCGUUCGAUGAGAUCUCCGAUGAUGCCAAAGAUUUUAUCAGCAACUUGCUGAAGAAAGACAUGAAAAGCCGCCUGAACUGCACCCAGUGCCUUCAGCAUCCAUGGCUAAUGAAAGACACCAAGAACAUGGAGGCCAAGAAGCUCUCCAAGGACCGGAUGAAAAAGUACAUGGCAAGAAGGAAAUGGCAGAAAACAGGCAAUGCUGUGAGAGCCAUUGGAAGACUGUCCUCUAUGGCAAUGAUCUCAGGGCUCAGUGGCAGGAAGUCCUCAACAGGGUCACCAACCAGCCCUCUCAAUGCAGAAAAACUAGAAUCAGAAGGAGAUGUCUCCCAAGCUUUCCUGGAGGCUGUUGCUGAGGAAAAGCCCCAUGUAAAACCCUAUUUCUCCAAGACAAUUCGUGAUUUAGAAGUUGUGGAAGGAAGCGCUGCUAGAUUUGACUGCAAGAUUGAAGGAUACCCAGACCCUGAGGUUGUCUGGUUCAAAGAUGACCAGUCCAUCAGGGAGUCCCGCCACUUCCAGAUAGACUACGAUGAGGAUGGGAACUGUUCUUUAAUCAUUAGCGAUGUGUGCGGGGAUGACGAUGCCAAGUACACCUGCAAGGCUGUCAACAGUCUUGGAGAAGCCACCUGCACAGCGGAACUCAUUGUGGAAACCAUGGAGGAAGGAGAAGGGGAAGGGGAAGAGGAAGAAGAGGAAGAGUGAAACAAAGCCAGAGACAAGCAGUUUCUAAGUCAUCUUACAAAGACUAUUUCUCUAAAGCUCAAAAAACCCAAGACAGUAAAAGCACCUAGUGUGAUUGAUUACCUAGUUAGGUCAUUUGGGGGGGGGCGGUCUUUCUUCAGCAACAGCAGUUCAUACUUAGCAGCGUUAUUGAAGGGCAUUAAUUUCAAUUAGCUGGCACCUACAGCUAGAUUUUAUCUUGGGAAAUCACAGUAACUUGCCUGACCAGUUGAUUUUAGACAGAAAGCAACCAAAAGAAAUGUUUUUCUGGUCAAAGUCACAAAUCCCCCAGCCGAAAGCACUCAUGAAAAGUAAGGCCCUGCAGCCACAGCUCAGCCCCAGGCCCCUGCAGACAGGCUCUCUCUCUGGCUCCUGACUCCAGAGACCUGGGCCCUCUCCAGACUGCAGCACUUCAUUCAGAAAGCAGUCGGACUACUUUAACUUAUGAGGCACCUUUUAUGCCAAAGUAUACUGUAGACAUUCAGAGUUUCAUCCCUGCGCCCCACCCCCUUCUACCUGCCAGUUUGUCUGGAUCUGAACUGGGCAUGAGUUUAAGGACAUUACACUUAGAUUCUGAAGGCAGGUCCCCUGCUCAUGGAUGGCUGGCUUCCUUAAGAAAGUAAAGCCUCCUUCCUUCCCAAAUCAGUAGGAGAUCUAAACUUAUCCCCUCUUGGCAGAUGUCUAACUGCUUCAGACAUUUUUAUAAGAACCAAUAGGGGAAAAAAAUCCUUGCUCUGUGCUUUUCUUCUGAAACCAGGAUUCGUAUUUGUGCUGUUAUAGAAUAUCAGCUGUGCAUGUAUGAUAAAGAUUUUUGUGUCUGUAUGAAAAACCAGUUUGCUGAAAAGUUAGUCUUAGUUAUUUAUUGGCCACUAUGAAACAAAUUUCACCUGAUGAAGAGCUGUGGAAUUCUGCAGACUUUGGAGUCUCCUUCAGGAUAGUCUGAGUUUAAUACACCUUCAUUCUGAGCCCUCUCCAGAGAACUCUGCCUACCUUGUGGUUUCCACGAUGGUUUUUUUUUUCUUGAAUGUGCGUCAUCAUGCCUUGCCCCAGACCUUGAAAUAUAUUCUUAGACCUGAUAAAUGCACUCAGACUUGCAUCUUUAGGAAUUUUUAACUUUUUUUCACUACAUUGGCACUUAAAUUUUUCUUUAUAAAAUUUUAGGAGAGUCUUAAAGAAAGACCAUAAACUGAUAUGCCUAAUACAUUUCCUCUGCGUGUGUGUGUAACAUUCCAAAUACUUUAUUCUUUUCCACUGUUUAUAAAGUGCAGUGAUUUAAUAUUUCAAGGGACUUUUAAUAGUUCCUCAAGAACCAAUGUUAAAUUACUUCAGUGCAAUCAUACACAGUAUCAACAUUAGAAUUUUGAUAUUACUUAGCCUUAUGUUAUCUUCCAUUCUAUCUUAUCUGCUUUUUGCUGCUAGUUUCAAAUUGCCAGGAUUUUUUUUUUUUUGCUUUUGAAACAGUUACAGUAUUUCUCAUAAUAGCCACAGUAUUGCCACAGUUUAUUAUAACAAAGGUUUUUUUUAAUUUGAUUUAGAGCAUUCAGAGCUUUUCUUCAUCACUUUUAAUUGUGUUUAGACUAUAACCUUUGUGUGUGUGUGUGUUAUCUGUAUGUGCGCAUGUGUGGUGUGUACGUUUGUUUACAGGUUUUUGAUGCCUUCUUGGAAUUGUGUUAAUGUUCUCCCAGUUUAUUAUGCCAUCAGAAUGGUAAAUGAGAACACUACAACUGUAGUUAGCUCACAAUUUUUAAAUAAAGGAUACCACAGUGCA